AUGCCGCGACACCGCCACUUCUUCAAUUUGUGCAAUCACCCUGUCCUUAUCACUACGAAUGCCUGUCUGCCCAUCCCCUUUCUCGUGCGCUUCAUGGGAAAGCGCGGCAUCGUUAAGCUCUGCCGUUGCAAUCGAUAG